ACCAAGCUUUAGCAGAUUAAAUUAGGGUUUCCAGCCAUAGACCAAACAUAUUCCAAUCGCCUAUGGCACACAUAUUUGGCGUGAUUAAACUGAGCUUCGCAAACACACAGGAAAAUAAGAAUUUAACUUUAAAGACAUAGAAGCUUUUUCUUUCUUUCUUUUUUUUUCAGCCAUAUGGCAGAUUGAUUUGUUCGGAGGUCUUUCAACUUCCCCAGUGUGGCUGUUGAACAGUAUUACUCUUUGAUCUUGAUUGAGGGCUUUAAUGUUGUUGUUUCUGCGCAUUUCAAUACAUCCAUAAAUAUUUUACCAGUGGAAUUUGCAAAAAAAAAGAGAGAGAAAAGUUUCCAAUAGACAUGCAUCUGGGGCAACUCCAGCGCGUACCUCUCGCAGCGAAGGUGAUCUAUGCCACCUGCUUACAGAACAUACAGAAAUAAAUUGGCCCUUCAGACUCUUCCAAGCAGUUGGAAGGAGAAACGUUACCUGGAGAAUGAAGAAAUAAAACUCUACUCUGCGUGACUGUAUGAUUGAAGACACAAUCCAGCCCUCUUCAGCAGUUGGGCUUGGUUGUAUCCUCCUGCCCCGUUCACCUGAUGUUGCAGUAAUACAGAUGGAUUGUAAUAAAGAGGCGGAAAUGGAAUUACGAAGAUCCUCCAGCCCAAGCAAGCUGAGCAAGAGCGACAUGGAUGCUGACAAGACCAUGUGCCACAGCUGCUGCAUCUGUGGUAAAAGUUUCCCUUUUCAGAGCUCCUUGUCUCAGCACAUGAGGAAGCACACGGGCGAGAAGCCCUACAAAUGCCCUUACUGUGAUCACAGAGCUUCCCAGAAGGGCAACCUGAAGAUACACAUUCGCAGUCACAGAACAGGCACUUUAAGUGAGGGACACGAGGUGGAGAUGGGAGAGGUGCAGCUCGGGGAGGUGGGAAUUGCGGAGGGCCUCGGUGGGUGUACCAGCCCCACUAAAAGUACCUCUGCCUGCAAUAAGAUCCUGAAUGGUACCGCCCGGGUAGAUAACAGCAAGAUCUUGCUGAGAAGCAGCAAGAAGGAGGUCACGGAGGUGGCGCCUGCUGAUGAAGAUGGCAAGCUAACUUCUCACCAGUGCACCUUCUGCAAAAACAAAUUUGAAAGAAAGAAGGACCUUGAGCAGCACCUGCAUCAGGUCCACAAAUCCUUCAAGUGUAGGUUGUGUAGCUACAUGACCUUGAGGGAGGAGACACUGUUAAACCACAUAGAGAAGGACCAUAUAACAGCUCAGGUCCCGAAGGGGGAGGCUUAUACAGAGAACUGCAAGAGUGAAUUGAGUGCAGGCGAAUUUCCUUGUGAAGUCUGUGGUCAGGCCUUUAGUCAAACCUGGUUUCUGAAAGCUCACAUGAAAAAGCAUAGGGGAUCAUUUGAUCAUGGGUGCCACAUUUGUGGCAGAAGAUUCAAAGAACCCUGGUUCCUCAAAAACCACAUGAAGUCGCAUGGCCCAAAGACUGGGAGCAAAAACAAACCAAAAAAUGAUUUAGAGCUCAUAGCCACUAUUAAUGAUGUGAUACAGGAGGAAACAAUUGUGACUGGCCUUUCUCUGUAUGAAGUUUGCACCAAGUGUGGAAAUCUGUUUACAAAUAUGGAAAGCCUAAAAGCACAUAAUGCUGUCCACUACAGAGCUCAACGGAGCAGCACCGGGGAAAAAGCUGAGGGCUUAACUGAUGGGAGCCUAAACCCCUCUGUAACAAAGCAGUUUUUCUUACAGUGUCUGAAUCUAAGACCAUCUGUAGGGAUAGAUAGAGUUACAAGAGGACAGCCUGGAAAAAGAGUAGCCGAGCUGGAUCCAGUCAGUAGCUACCAAGCUUGGCAGCUGGCCACCAAAGGAAAAGUUGCAGAGCCAUCUGAGUAUGUUAAAUAUGUGGGAUGGGACGAGGCUCUGGCGGAUGCGGAUGUGACUUAUGACAAGGAUAAAAGAGAGUAUAUUCUUGUCAACCAGGAGAAGCGCAAGCGAGAUCAGGAUUCCCCUAGCUCUUCCAGCAACCCCAAGAAGAAGAGCUGUGUCAGUGGGCGCCUGGAGAGGAACAGCAGCACGCAGCCAGGGGAUAGCUGCCUCCUCGCGCAGAGCGACCUGGACUACCGGCCCUCCUCGCGGCAGAGCCGACGGGCGUCCCAGAACAAGUCCACCGAGUGCUUUGAGUGUGGUAAGAUCUUCCGCACUUACCACCAAAUGGUGCUGCACUCCCGGGUGCACCGCAAGGAGCGGAGGAGCUGCAGCGAGAGCGGGACGGCCACGCAACCCGACCGCUACGGCUCCAGCAGUGAGGAGGGGGACUCAGGCUCCGUCAGUGGGCCCAGCACGCCCAGCUCUGCGUCCGCCCCGGAGGACUCGGCGACCUCCGGCCUGGGUGAGGAGGGGGCCGAGGAGAGCUCGGAGGAGGGAGGAGCUGAGACCUCAUUAGAUGAAAAGCCAUACCAUUGCAAUUUUUCUGAAGAGGAGACACAUAUGGCAACAUCUCAGGUGGAUGGACUUCCAAAGCUGGGAAGCCACAAUGCCAGAGAAAAUGAUGCCAAUGAGUCUAAACCAGAGAUACCAGCAUUAGUGUCUGCACUGGGGAAUGUUACCAAGGAGCCCUUUUCGAAAUACCACAAUCUGAAAGAUCCUGCAGAUGUAAAGAUGCCAGCAUUUCACCGCAGCCAAGGGCUUCCUUGCUCCAGUCACAUUGCUAACUUUGCUUCAGGUGUGGGCCAGACAUCUUCAAAUAUGGCCAUGGGCUUGAAAACAUCACUUGAAAUGCACGCUGGUCGCUCUAAAGAAAAUUUGCCGGACUUGUGCAGAGAGCAUCCUCUGACAGAAAAAGGUGCUGAAGCUCAAGAGGUAGCUCCACUCGAUUUGAGUGAAAAAUCAACAAGAGAUAAUUCAUGCAAUAAGAAUUUGAAUACAUCCUUGCAGGCUGCUUUAAUUAUCUACCCAUGUCCUUUCUGCAGUCACAAGACCUACUACCCAGAAGUCCUGUGGAUGCAUAAAAGAAUUUUGCACAAAGUCAGCUGUAACUCCAUGGUUCCCCCUUGGGUUCAACAGAAUGGAUUCAAGAGUAUUAAAAACAACUUGGUUUUUCUGGCAAGGAGUGGACGUACUGGCCCCCCUCCUGUUCUCGGUGGUAAAGAGUGCCAGCCUUUGCCUGUUGCCAGAUUUACGCGCACUCAAGUGCCAGGUGCUUUGCCAGGAUCCAAAAGCGGCUCCCUUCCUGGUGGGAUGACUGCUAAGUCUGGGAGUAUGCAUCAGUCCAAGGACAGUCAUGCAUUUGGCCACUGUGGUCCCCGCAUAUCAGGUUUUGAUGGGUAUAGGCAGCCCAAAUUAAACCAUUCCCAGGAGCAAUACAGCAUAGCAGCACAACAGCCUCCUCUAAAAAAUAAGUAUGAAGCAAAUUCCAAACUUAUGCAAAUGGGAGCCUUUGGCAGAAAUGUAACGCCUACUCAGACAGUCAUAUCCAGGCCUAGCGCACAGCCUACCAACAGUAAGCAAGUGGAAAAGUAUGUGGUUCCCCAAGGAAGUACCAGUUUUGCCCCCUCAGGUAAGCACUGUGCAGCCGAUUCCAUGAAGGCCAAAUUCAGCCCACCACCACAGUAUCAUCCUCUGUGCAAAAAUGAGCAGUACACGAAACAUGAAGAGCCAUCGGUGCCUCAGAGGGAGUCUCACAUAAAGGCUGGGAAUGAGCUGAGGACAUUGGCAAACUGCACAGCCAUGGCACGAGCAAGUCCACUAAUGCAGCCCCAGCCUAGUGCAGCAGGAGUUUCUCCAGCUCUACACGCCAGCAAACAGGAUCUGGGAUCAGAUGGGCAUGAAAAGCGUUUGGACAUUUUAAAUAUCUUUAAAACAUAUAUUCCAAAGGACCUUGCUUCAUUGUACCAAACCUGCAGUGCCAACAGCCCUGUCCUGGAUCAUGCAGGGAUGCUUAGGACACAAACAAGCCAAGGAGACUGUGUCUGCAGAGAAUGUGGAAAAUGCUUUAACCAGCCCAGUCACCUCAGGACUCAUCAGAGGUCCCACACAGUGGUAUUUGAGUCUAAUGGACUCCGAGGUACUGAAGUUCACACCACCUCCGCAGAUGCCCCAAAACAAGGGAGAGACCAUUCCAGCGUGGACGUUGUCCGUACGGUGCCUCUGAGGAAGGGGACCUAGGGCCCCUGGUGGAGUGGGGGUGGCAGGGGGCCCCGCCAGGGGGUGCCCGUGCCCCCCGCGCAGCUGCCCUGGAGCUGCCGCUGCAGUGUGUCCCCACGAGCCGGCGCGUCACCCGAGCCACUCCGUGAGAUCGCAGACAGCGCUCCGUGCUCUGCUUGGAGGGGGAUGCCUCUGCACUGUUAAUCAUUUUAAAAUAAAUGAAGAUGCUACACAAGAUAUAUAUAAAUUGACGUACUAAUCAGUCCCAUGGUUCCUUAUUUCCUUUAUAAUAAACAGUGGAGUUGGCAAGCACUGUGGCAGCACAAGGCAUCUAUAUUAAUCAACAGAAGUUUGAGACACUGGAAAAAUUAAACUUUAUGUGAUUUGGACAGCAUGAAGAAGUUAAGCACUGUAACAAAAACCUCCCUGAUGCUCUCAAUGACUAUUUGAUACAUUUGAAAAACAGCGGUGAAUUCGAGGGCUGGAGAAGUAUUAAUUAAUGAAACUGCCACUGCCUGUCACGCUGAAAAGCAAAUUAAAAAAAAAAGAGAGAGAGGAAGAAGGGGGGUGUAUGGGGAAGAGGUGGCAUUCAGUGCUGAGAAAGCAAUGCUUGAUGAAGGAUUAAAGGGACUAAAGAGAAAGACCGUCAUUCUGCAAUGGUUUGUUUCAUUACAGUUUGGGGACCACUUGCAUUUCUAGUGCUCUUGUUCUUGACUGCGCACCAUUAACAGUAUGUGAAUAUGGAAAUUGAAACACUUCCACAGCAAAGAAGCUUCUAUUCUGCUUUGGAAAAGACAAGCUAGUUGAACACUAAGGAAAACAGGCUUCUGUGUUUUACUCUCAGGACCUUUUUUGUAACAGGGCUACUUUCUUCGACCUGAUCACAAAGGAAGUCUUCACGUUUAAAAAAAAAAAAAAUUGCUCAGCUGUUUAAAGCCACUGAUCUGUAUGUUUAUAAUAAAAAGGGACUUGCUGAACAAGUUCAGGCAGACCUUGGCUCUUAAGGUACCCACGAGCUCCUGCAUUUUGUUUGGCAGGACAGCUACUGAUCCUUUCUGGGCCUGGCGACGUUUUUGAAAAGACGAGUAACUUCUUUUGUGGUGGCAGGUUAAUGUUUCUAUAAUGUGUCAUGUCUUGUACUUGGUGAUCACUGAUGGUGUUUGGGAAAAAAAAAAAAGCUUUAUAUACCUCUUCUACAGUAACUCUCUAACUGCAAGUUUUCAAGGUGGGGUUGUGGCACAUAAUAGGUUGUUAAACCAUGCAGUGUAAGCAAUUAAAAAUGUAUUCCACAGAUAUAAAUAUUUUCUUUUCUUAUUGCUGUGACACUAUGUGUGAUGGUAAUAUUUCUGAGAGUUUCAGAUUUUGCACAUAUAAUUUUAUGCAUUAUCAAAAGUUACUGCUGCCUUGAAAGAAAAUGUUCUGUGAAAAUUUUUGCAAAAGCUUUACUAGUUUUUUUUAAUUGUAACAUUUUGUAAAGGCAGGAAAUGGAUUAAAAAAAACCCUAGCAUGGUAAAUAUAUUUUUCAAAAAAGCAAUAAUUUUACAUGUACAGAAAUGAUGCUAACCUUUAAUACAGGUGAGAGCAACAGUUUACUUAAUACAGUAAUGGAAUAGUGCUGUUUUUGUAGAAAUGGGCUUCUGACACAAAGAUUUGUUUAAAAAAAAACAAGCGUGAUCUUUCUGUUCUAACAGUUGCGGGUGGGGGGGGUUAAAAAAUUCUAGUCAGUAAUUGAUUCAGGAUAGUACUUGUUACUUGUUCUAAAUUACUUGACAAUUUUUGUUACUUUGCAACACUUGCAACAAUGCAAAUUAACUUACUUAUGUUUUUUUUUUUACUAGUUUUUCCUUACACUAUUACACCAGAUGUAUACCAGAAUUCUCUGUAAAUCCUGGUGUAGUUAGGAAUGUCUGUGCAAAUACUUAUAAGUGACUGUAAUUAACUGUUUUGUGAAGUUAUUUUGAGGGAGGUCACAGAGACACAUUCCAUUGUACACCAAAAAAAAAGGAGAAAAAAAGAAAUAUUUUGCUGUGUUGCUUAUGAUUGAUCAUCAUUUUGGGUUUGCACUAGCUUUUUCUUUUUUGUUUUGUUUUGUUUUGUUUUUGUUUUGUUGCUUUUCUGAGUCAUAUUUUCCAUGAGUGAAAGUAAUGGCAACAGUUCAGGAAUGCACAAAAGCUAGUUGCUUAGCCUAUUUGUUUGUGUUUUAGUUAUUAAAAACUCUUCUGUACCCAAAAUGGCAUGAAAGUGUAGUGUACAUUUGUAGUUUCUCUCUUUUUUUUUUUGUUUUCUUUUUUUUUGCAAGCUGUUAUAGAAAAUCUUAGUUAAUAUUUAGAGCCAAAAGCUUCUUUUUGGAGCUUUUCUUCCAGAAUAUCUGACAGAGAAGCUAGUGCUGUCACUGCCAUUGCCAGGGUACUAAUCAGCAAAGUUUACAAUCAUAAUUUAGCUACAUGAAGAACAACAGUAAGGGAAAUCAGUUUAAAUAAUUAUAUGCUGUGUAUAGCACAGAAAUGAGAUUUUCAGUUAAUUAAACAAGAAAUAAGAGUGGGAGGGGGAAAGCCAACCUUAAAGACCAGCUGUUUUCAGAAAUGAAUCCCGUGAUUUCUUUUUUCUUCUUUCUCAUUGUAUUGUAUUGAUUUGCUAUUUUAGGUAGGCCAUAGUAUUUAAAAUGCGUUGUGUUCCUUAUUUAUUUAGUCAAUGGGCUUUGAUUGGCUCUUUUAAACAACGUGAUCAUUUUUUGGCAUGACGCACUCCUGUAAAGCCCUUUUAUGACUGUUACAGGGACUUUCUACUACCUCUACCAAUCUACUGUCUCUUCUUCUUAACAGGUUUUUAUGGUGUUGCAAGUCUAAUGUAACUUAGACAAUAAAGGGUUUGAUUAUCUAUGCUGCA